UGUGUGCAGUUUUGAUAGGAUUCUGUUUGCCCUUGAGCAAACAAAGCUCUCUGCCUAAUAAGCACAGCUGUCUCUACGAAUUCACAGAGUUCGAGCAUCCGGCUAUUUUUCUUGAUCGACCAAAUGCGUUCCCAUCUUCGACAAUACGUAGUUCAUUGGCCAGUUGAGAUACGUUGUUGGCCAGCUCAAACUGAGUGAUUGUUAAAGCCGACAGUCGUACUCAAUCAUAUCAUGUGCUUAAGAUAGCGGUGCUCUUUCAAGGGAUGGAUCCUCCUCCUCUUCUUCCUCCUCCUCCUCCUCCUCCUCCUCCUCGUAGUGCUACCUACCAUUUCAUUCGCUACGAAAUCUAUUUUGCCCUCGUCCAUCUGGCGUCGCAUCUACAGUUUAGAGGGCAAUCCUUUUCAUUGUCCCCUUAAACCAACAAGUUGGUUGACCUGGAUAUUGCCUUUGCUCCGAUCGGCUUAAGAUUGUUCGUUGUCCACUUCUUUAAUCUACUCUAUGACAUCGUACCAACUCUUUUAACGCUUUACUUUCGCGCUGAAAAAAAAACCCCAGCUGAUUAAAAAGUGUAGUUCGUUAGUCCAUUAGGACAAUCUAUCGGCUCGAUUGGUUCACAAAGGCGUUCAGGACUGAUUUCUCUUUUUCUGGACGGUUAAGAGACAGCACAUACCGAUUGUGUCCAUUUUCAUUAUUUGCAAUGCCUUCAACAUCGGUUCAUCUUAUUAUAGAUACGGACUGUGGAAUCGAUGACGCUUUAGCACUGAUGGCCGCUCUAAGCGCACGCGAAGUGGAUGUGGUGGCAAUAACUUGUGUAUCGGGAAAUACAACUUUGAAGAAUGUUGUCUCGAACGUGUCGAAAGUUCUACGUGUUUGCAAACGUGAGGAGGUUCCGUUCUAUGCUGGAUGCGAUGCACCAUUGUCCAGAGAGAAUAUAUUCGGCAGUGAAUUUCAUGGAAAAGAUGGUCUUGGCCAUUGUCCGAAAGAGUUUCCCGAGGGUGCGCAAGCGCAAAAAGGAAUGCAUGCCUCUCGGGCGCUGGUUGAGAUGGCCAAAAAUCGAAAGGGUGAACUUACACUUGUUAUGAUAGGACCGUGUACCAACCUUGCGGUUGCUUACCAUAUUGACCCAAAUGUAAUGGCAUACUUUAAGAAGAUUGUCGUGAUGGGGGGAAACGUACAGGGCAGGGGUAAUGUCAUUCCCGGAGCCGAAUUCAAUUUUGCAUCUGAUCCUGAAGCUGCCCACAUACUCGUUGAGCAUUCACAAUGUCCAGUAGUUCUGGUUCCGUGGGAGACCGUCACGACAAACUGGAUUUCGUGGGAGUUCUACACGGAGCUGAUAGGAGGCUCAACUGCGAAGUCGCGCUUCCUGCAAGCCAUCUGUAAAUAUACCGAACAGUACUAUCAAUGCAAGUAUACAGUUGGUCAUCACGGUUAUGAACUGGGCGAUUUCUUAGCGGUACUCGUUGCCAUCCGCCCGGACUGUGUUACGCGGAGCCUAAAACGAAGGAUAGCUGUGGAGCUCAAAGGCGAGCACACUUUAGGCCAAGUUGUGCAAGCUUGGACUAAGUCAAUGCUUCCCAAGGUUACGAAACAUACGGAAAUUGUUUUAGAAUUUGACAUGACCAUAGUGCGUGAGAAUCUUACGGCAAUGGUACAAUGACAUUAUUGGCAAAAAUGCGUGUAUGUUAUACAUAUAGCAAAAAAAAAUGUUGUACUAAUUCGAGCAGGCGUGGUUCAUUUGAAAAAUAAACAAAAAAAAGCUAAACUCAAAUUUCGCCAAGCGGUCCUGUGUAUUAUUCACGCAGUGCAUAGUAUUCUCAACAACUUGUAUAUACUUAUUAACCGAAAAUAACUCGCGUCUACGUGUCUGUCGCAUAUUCGUACUUCAACUUUAUUAAUGGAAUCCCUCACAUCACAUGCGUUGAACACCAAUUGAGUGCAGUUCUCUGUCAAGGCCGUAACGGUGUUAUUUGAGGUGCUAAUCAUAUAGCUUUGAGUUACGGCACAUUUAAAAAAGCAAACUCUACGCCCUGAGGGUUUUUCGAGGUUUGUUUCCUUGAAAAGCUUGUUCUGAACAGCGGCUUUUUUUGGCGUUUGUCUUCCUUCGAAAUUUGGUCCCAGUAUGUUGCUGAAGGCCCAUGACUGUUGAU